AUGUCGCCUGCUCCCCUUCACAUACCCGAGAAGACGGGAAGACGAGAUUUGGAAUUUCGCUUUCUCAUCUUCACAUACCCGAGAAGUCGAGAAGACGAUAUUCGGAAUCUCGCUUUCUCACCUUCACAUACCCAAGAAGUCGAGAAGACGAGAUUCGGAAUCUCGCUUUCUCACCUUCACAUACCCGAGAAGACGAGAUUUGGAAUCUCGCUUUCUCAUCUGCUCAUACCCGAGAAGACGAGGUGUGGAAUCUCGCCUUUUCAUCUGCUCAUACCCGAGAAGACGAGGUUUGGAAUGUCGCUUUCUCGCCUUCACAUACCCGAGAAGACGGGAAGACGAGAUUUGGAAUCUCGCCUUCUCAUCUGCUCAUACCCGAGAAGUCGGGAAGACGUGGUUUGGAAUCUCGCUUUAUCGCCUUCUCUAUCUCAAUCUCAGAACCAGCACACCAAGUCAAGCUUCUUCACGGCAGCCACGGAUGACAGUGAACGCAAUCUGAUUGGCUACUGUCUUAACGGUCACGUGAUGAAGGUUGUUGAGAUGGCCAAGCGAUUUCAACUUGAGAAAUUGGCUUAUUCACUACGCAAAGACAAGGGUAAAUCUACCAGAGUUCGCCUCAUCGGUACAAAGCUUCAACUAGAAACACGGGACAAGGGAAUCUUCGUUUACAAGAUGGCGGCCGCAGUACUAACACCUGGUGAUUAUGCAGCUAUCGUGUGUUACUUCGUGAUAGUUAUGGGAGCAGGGCUAUACGCACUUUUUACAUCUAACCGAGGAACUGUUAACGGCUACUUCCUGGCGGGGAGAUAUAUGACAUGGCUUCCAGUUGGUGCAUCGAUAUGGGCUAGCAAUAUUGGGAGUGAACACUUCGUUGGGCUUGCUGGCGAUGCAGCUGCGACGGGGAUUUCACCGGCGGCUUUCGACCUCAACGGAUUGUCGCUGCUGCCAUUAAUGGCAUACAUGUUUGUUCCUGUUUACAUCGCAUCUGGGGUAUGCACUCUACCGGAAUAUAUGAUGAAGAGAUUUGGGAGUCAUCGAAUCCGUAUUUACCUCGCCUGUAUGUCUAUCUUUCUCUACAUCGUUUCCAGGAUUUCAGUUGAUUUGUAUUCCGGAGCGCUGUUCAUUACGCAAGCUCUAGGAUGGAACCAGUACGUUGCAAUCGGGAUACUUCUCUUAUUCGUGGCGAUUUUCACUGUCACAGGUGGAUUGGCUGCUGUCAUAUACACGGAUACCGUACAAAUCUUCAUCAUAAUCCUCGGUGGAAUUAUCCUUAUGAUAUUGAGUUAUGGCCAGAUUGGUAGCUUCGAGGAACUGAAAAUCAAAUAUUUCCAGGCGAUUCCGAACGCCACGCUCCAAAACCCUAACUACACCUGCGGCAUACCUGCAGAAGAUUCAUUCCAGAUGCUGAGAGAUAUCAGUCCCUUCACGUCUAGCUUCCCUUGGUUAGGAUUCCUGAUAGGACAGACUCUGUCAUCCCUCACAUACUUUUGUGCAGAACAGGUGAUGGUACAGAGAGCCUUGGCAGCGAAGAGUCUCUCACAUGCCCAAGGUGGAUGCCUCUUUGCUGGUUUCUGUAAGAUAUUACCCCUCUUCAUGACAGUCAUACCAGGGAUGAUUGCAAGGGUUCUUUACACAGAUACCGUAGCCUGUGCCUCACCGGAGACGUGCAUGGAAGCCUGCGGGAACCCUAAGGGGUGUAGUAACACUGCCUACCCAACCCUCGUCCUCGGCAUUAUGCCUGCUGGCCUUCGCGGGGUUAUGCUUGCCGUAAUGCUUUCCGCCAUAGUCAGUAGUAUGACGUCACUACUGAAUAGCAUCAGUACUCUCUUCACCGUGGAUAUAUGGAUGUUUAUCCGAGAGAAAUAUUACAACACCAAGCCAAGCAAUAGAGAGAUGAUGAUAGUCGGAAGGGUGAUUGUGCUUCUGAUGACUGCUCUGAGCGUUCUGUGGAUCCCGGUCAUUGAUCUAUUACAAGGAGACAACCUACUCAAGUAUUUUACUCGUAUCCAGGGCCGAGUCACGCCCACCAUAGCAGCCGUCUACGUCCUCGCUGUCCUCUGGCCGAGAGCCAAUGAAAAGGGGACGUUUUGGGGUUUGAUGAUUGGAGCAUUAGUCGGUUUCAUCCGGUUGAUCCUAGACUUCACCUAUCCGGAUCCGUCUUGCUGGGACGAGGAUACCCGUCCAAUGGUGGUGAAAGUGCAUUAUUUCUACUUCAACAUGAUUCUCUUCACUAUCGUGUUCGUCUCUGUAAUCAUCAUCAGUCUGCUGACCGAACCGCUGCCCAAGUAUCGGGUGAUAAGGACGACGUUCUUCACUCGAUACCAAAAGCAGAAACGACCGGAUGAGAAGGAGCUCGACGGGGAUACAAAUGAAGAGAGGCGCCUGGAAGACAAAGACUACAAGAUGUUACCAGCAGAGGAGGUCAAGAAUGGACAUGUCGUCAACGAAGAGCCAAAACCACCGGAGCUUCGGAAGCGAAUACUCGCAUGGUUCUGCGGGUACGGCGAUGACACGGAAGAGGGACGGCGGUUGGCCCGAGAACAAGAGUUCCACAACCGCAAAGUCGGAACCCUGGAACAGGACCCGAGGGCUAAGAAGUUCCUGUAUUUCUGCAUGGUUCUCCUUUUGGCCAUCGUCACAUUCAUGUACACAUUCUUCUCUUUCGAUUGGAUUUGAUAGUCGUCGCUUUGUAGAUUUUUUUUAGUUUUGUCUGGUAAAAGGCUCCCCAGGGGUGGAUUCAGGAUUUUUCGAAAGGGGAGGGGGCACAUUUUCCCGCGAAAAAAGGGAAAUAAACGGUCUUCACUGUCAAAGGGAAGGGGGGCACGGGCCGGCUGUGGAAACAAAACAAAUCUUUAUUUGAUAGUAUGAACAAAUAAAUAACGAAUCAAAUUAUGUUAUACAACUCUUUGCAAACAUUCUUUUUAUAUGUUUUCUACAUAACAUACAAUAUUUUAUAAAUGGAAGAGAACUAGUGCUGCUUACUUCAUCUCUGUGAUAGUAAAUGUUGUUGACCGAAUAUUAAAAAAAUAUGUAUGUAUUAUGCUUAUAAUAUAAGCAUAAUACAUACAUUUCUUUAAAGCAUAUUAUUAUCCUUGUUCAUAUCUUCCCCUCCCCCACUCUCUCUCUCAUUCUCCCGCUUGCUUUCCCUCUCUCUCAUUUUGAUUUUUUUUUGAAAACAAACACAAAUUCGCAAAAGGAUUAAUUCGGUUGUUUGUUCUGUGUGUUUUUUUUUAUUAUGGAUUAAUUGACAAACAUGCUUGACUGAUUUCUAUAUUUCAUCAAAAACAGCGUUCUAUUGGCACUGCGCAGUGAUGUAAUCCUGCCGCCAUCUUAGAUGCUCAAUCCAUUGCCUAUAGUGAUGGUCUACUGCAGCUGGCGCAUCUCUGACAACUCACUUUUUGUAAAUUUCUAUGUCCUCUGAGGGAGGGCGCUAUGAAAUUAUGACGUCAUAAUGCCUAAGGUCUACUUAGAUUUGAUUUACAUUUGGAAGCAAAGAUGAAAAAAAUGGUGAAGAGCCAUGUUAACACAGUUCUCUGAAUGGAAAUUUGUAUUUUGGUUCAAUAUACUUCCUAUUAAAUUGGACUGCUUUGAUUUUCAAA